CUGAGCCACAAGUGCUGCUUGGAAAGGGCUCAGGUUGUUUCCAGGGGGAGAACUCUGCAGAGAAGAUACAAGUUCAAGAAGACACAAAGGAGCAGCAGGAACAGCCAGGAAAACCAAGAGCCCUCACUCUUCACCCAGAACGCCCCCAGCAGAGUUCUCGAAUCCUAAAGUAUUCUGCAAAGUGCCACUAGACCAGGACUCUUGGCCUGCCUUUUCCUCUCUGGAAACACCAUGACUGAGAUCACUGCCGAAGGAAAUGCAUCCACCACUACCACUGUUAUCGACAGCAAGAAUGGAUCUGUGCCCAAGUCCCCUGGGAAAGUGCUGAAGAGGACAGUCACAGAAGACAUAGUGACCACAUUCAGCUCCCCCGCGGCCUGGCUUCUCGUCAUUGCUCUGAUCGUCACGUGGUCAGCUGUUGCCGUUGUGAUGUUUGAUUUAGUGGAUUACAAAAACUUUUCAGCAAGCUCUAUUUCCAAGAUUGGCUCAGAUCCUCUGAAAUUCGUACAUCAUGCAGUGGAGGAAACUACAGACUGGGUCUAUGGCUUCUUUUCUUUGUUGUCUGACAUCAUCUCGUCUGAGGGUGAUGAAGAAGAAGAAGAGGAUGGGGAUGAGGACACUGAUACAGGAGAAAUAGAAGAGCCUCCCUUGAAAAAAAAAGAAAUACGCAAAGAAAAAACUGAAAAAGAGGAGAAACCUGAAAGGAAACUUCAAACUAAAGUUACACACAGAGAAAAAGACAAAGUAAAAGAAAAAGAAAAACCUGAAAAGAAAGCGAUUCACAAGGAAAAAGUUGAGGAAAAAGAAAAACAAGAAACAAAGACAAUGGCAAAAGAAGAGAAGAAAACUAAGACUAAAGAAAAGACUGAAGUAAAGACUAAAAAGGAACCGAAAGGUGGGAAGCAGGAGAAAGUGAAGCCAUCAGCUGCAAAAGGAAAAGAAGUACAGAAAACAUCACCUAAACCCAAAGGGAAGGAUGAGAAAGAGACCGUAGCUGUGUCCAAGCAUGAACAGAAAGGUAAACAUUCAGACAAGGCGGCUGGAGGUUGUAAAAGAAUAUUGGGCAAGAAGCAGAUAGAGUGAAAUUAAAAUCUGAAUAAGACUGAGAUCAGACAUCAAAUGGGGGAAAAGAUUUGUAUAAGUAAAUACACUUGGAAAGAAAUAUAAUAAAUUGGAAAUUAAAAUUUAUUUAUAGACAUACCAAAAUGUGUCUACAUAUCUAAAGAUGCACUUUGAAGUAUUUUGAAAAGAGGAUUUGAGUUAGGAUCUGAAGUUAUUUAAAGGUUGGUGAUAAAUGUUGAAUUCUCAAGAUAAGAGAGUUCUAUUAAGAUGUGCAACAAACAUUGUAUGUGUUCUACUCUUUGGAGAAAAAUAGUCCAAGAAAAAUA